CUCUCGGUGGCUGCCCCCGCCCCUCUCCUGUAACAAUCUCUGGCAGCCCAUCGUGGUAAAUGUUUUAGUUUGGAGCUAGGGGGAGAGCGGGAGCACACAGACAGCAGGACCGGCCUCACCCCCUGCUGCCCGCUACAGUCCCGGGAGGAGGAUGGCAUCAGUGCCCACCCUAGCACGCUGCUGGCUGCUCUGCCUCAUCUGGAGGACGAUCAGCGCUCAGGAGUUGCCCAUUAAUGGAGUGAAUGGCCACAGCCUGCACCCUCCAUACUUCAACCUGGCAGAGGGCACAAGGAUUUUCGCCACUGCCACCUGCGGGGAGGGGGAAGGAGGCAGACCCGUGGAGGCCCUUUACUGCAAGCUAGUUGGGGGACCAGUAUUUGGAGAUCCUAGCCAGACCAUCCAGGGGCAGUACUGCGACAUCUGUUUAGCAAACAGCGGAGAGAGAGCGCAUCCCAUUACCAAUGCCAUUGAUGGCACCGAGCGAUGGUGGCAGAGCCCCCCCUUGUCCCGAGGGCUGGAGUACAAUGAGGUCAAUGUUACCCUGGAUCUGGGUCAGGUUUUCCAUGUGGCAUAUGUAUGGAUCAAGUUUGCCAACUCUCCCCGUCCUGAUAUAUGGGUACUGGAGCGAUCCACUGAUUUCGGUGUCACAUACCAUCCUUGGCAGUAUUUUGCAUCUUCUAAGAGAGACUGCAUAGAACGCUUUGGACCAAAUACUAUACAGCGGAUCUCCAAGGAUGAUGAUGUCAUUUGCACAACAGAAUAUUCCCGUAUAGUACCACUGGAGAAUGGAGAGAUUGUGGUUUCCUUGGUGAACAAACGUCCAGGAGCAAUGAACUUCUCCUACUCUCCACUCCUCAGGGACUUCACCAAAGCAACAAACAUCCGUUUUAGUUUCCUCAGAACUAACACCCUACUGGGGCAUCUUAUGGGCAUAGCUCAGGGAGAUCCCACUGUAACCAGGAGGUAUUACUAUAGCAUCAAGGAUAUCAGUAUCGGGGGACGCUGCGUCUGUAAUGGCCAUGCUGAGGUGUGCAAUGCAAAGGACCAUUCAAACCCUUACAGACUCCAGUGUGACUGUCAGCACAACACCUGUGGAGUGUCAUGUGAGACGUGCUGUGCUGGCUACCUCCAGGUAUCGUGGAAGCCGGCGACCAUGGAUAAUGCUAAUGAAUGUGAACCUUGUAACUGUAAUGGGCACGCAUACGACUGUUACUAUGAUCCAGAGGUGGACAGGCGUAGAGCAAGCAUGAACCGGGAAGGGCAGUACGUUGGAGGUGGGGUCUGCUUAGAUUGCCAGCAUAAUACAGAUGGUGUCAAUUGUGAGCGAUGUCAGCACGGAUACUACAAAUCACCUGAUCAUCCUACUGACUCUCCGUAUACCUGUCUACAUUGUUCCUGUGACUCUGAGUAUAUGAGUGGAACUUGUGAGGAUCUGACAGGAAGAUGCUACUGCAAACCUAACUAUACGGGCGAGGACUGUGGCUCUUGCGCUGAAGGAUAUACAGAUUUUCCUCAGUGUUACCCUGUUCCUGUUAGCCCUGGUGGAGACACAGACGCACAAAAAGAGCCAGCUGGGGAAUUCAUAACUUGCGAUUGUAAUGUAGCUGGAACAGAAGGAAAUGCGUGUCGCAAAGAUCCAGGGACUGGAGUCUGUAUUUGCAAGGAGAACUUCCAAGGAGAAGCGUGUGACACAUGUGCUCCUGGGUACUAUAGUGCCAGCUGCCACGCAUGCCAAUGCUCUGGACCUGGCGUAUAUGAUGGCCAUUGUGACAAGGAGAGCGGGAAGUGUGUCUGUUGGGACGGGUUUGAAGGAAUGUUCUGUGAGCAAUGUGCUCCCGGCUACUUUAAUUAUCCUCUUUGCCAACUGUGUGGCUGCAGUUCUGUUGGCACUUUGCCAGAAGGCUGUGAUCCAAGUGGCCGUUGCUACUGUAAACCGGAGUAUGAUGGACCCAGGUGUGAACAGUGCAUUGUGGGAUAUCACUCUUACCCUUAUUGCCAAGCUUGUCCAUGUGAUCCUCGGGGCUCAUUGGAUAAUAACUGUACCCCAACAGGCCACUGCCAGUGUCACCCUAGUUACACAGGACCCACCUGCAAUCAGUGCGCUCCUGGCUUCUAUGGAUUCCCUAGCUGUACAAGUUGCCAUUGCUCUAGUGAGGGUGCACUCCACAGCACAUGUGACUUACAGAGUGGACAGUGCAGGUGUCGCCCUGGGGUCACUGGUCUGAGAUGUGACACCUGUGCUAGUGGUACCUAUGGUUAUCCAAACUGUGAAGUGGGACCUUGCAAUCCAGCCGGUUCUACCUCUCUGAGCGAGAAUGUUCCAGAGGGCUCCUGUGAGUGCCGGGAAAAUGUCGAGGGGACAGCUUGUGACAAAUGCAAACCCCUGUAUUGGGACCUGGCCAUUGAAAACCCGCAAGGCUGCAAACGAUGUGACUGUGGCUCAGGGACACUAAAUGGCGUUGGAGAAUGUGAGCAGGUCACUGGGCAGUGUUUCUGCAAGCCUAAUAUCUGCAGUGGGUCAUGCAGGAAGUGCAAAGAUGGCUACUACAACCUGAACACUGACAGCUAUUUCGGAUGUCAGGGAUGCCAGUGUGACAUCGGAGGCUCAGUUGGCUUGGCAUGCAAUGCAAGGACUGGUGAAUGCCAGUGUCGUGAGAAUGUAGUGGGACCCCAGUGUAACCAACCAAUCAAUGGGUAUUACUUCCCUGAUCUGCACCACUUGAGGAUUGAAGUGGAGGAUGGACGAACCCCAGAUGGAAGACAAGUCCGUUUUGGUUACAACCCUCUAGAAUUUGAAAAUUUCAGCUGGAGAGGCUAUGCACAAAUGUCUCCCUAUCAGCCAAAGGUCAUACUGACUAUAAACGUGACCUCCCCGGACCUCUUCCGAGUUGUAUUCCGAUAUUUCAAUCGUGGACCGGACAGUGUGUAUGGAAAAGUGUCAUUUAUAGAAGAGAAGAAGUUUAACGCUUGUGCCAACUGCUCUGAACAAAUCAAGCAGAUUGUUUUUCCUCCAAGCAAGGAACCGGCAUUUGUUACAGUCCCGCACAGUAGCUUUGGCGAACCUUUUGUCCUGAAUCCUAACAUGUGGUCUGUGGUGAUUGAGGUGGAGGAUGUGCUUCUUGACUAUCUGGUCCUGCUUCCCAGUGCUUACUACGAGGCACCGAUUCUCCAGGUGAAAGUAACCGAGGCUUGCACAUAUGCUCCUACCCUGGAUCAAAGCACCCAGAACUGCCUUUUGUACAAAUAUCUUUCCUUGGAUGGAUUUCCAUCCUCACAGGGCAGUGAGGUAAUCUGUCAUAUGGAUAACAGCCUUCCUCGACCAUGCCAGUCUGAACAGAUUACACCACGACACCCACCAAUGAUUUCCUGCUAUGGAAGUGAUAUUGACGUCCAGUUCAACGUACCAGUUCUCCACCCUGGUCGUUAUGUUAUUGUUGUGGAAUUUGCCAAUGAGGAGGAUGUACAAACCACCAGUGUAGCGGUAAACUCCCCCCAGCACCCCCAACAGCACGGGACGUUUACAUUCUACCCGUGCAAAUUCAGUUUCCUGUGCAGAGGAGUGGCUUUAGAUGCUCAGCAGAGGGUGGCCUCGUUUGACUUAUCCACAGGUGCCAACAUUCGAUUUACAGCUGAUAGGACACAAUUGUACCUGGGAAAUAUCUACCUGAUUCCUGUUGACCAGUUCACUAUGGAGUACAUUGAGCCAAGAGUCCAUUGCAUUGCCAAUCAUGGGACCUUCAACCCUAGCAGUGGAUCGUGUAUUCCAUCGAGAUUCCACAAACCAUCUCAGUCGGUGGUGUUAACGGAAGGCAAGACUAGCACAGGGUUGAACACCAUCCCUCUGUCUCCAGGAUCUCAUAUACCAGCGACAGAUGGACAGAGAUCUCCACCCCACCCAGCAACACUGCCUCCAACCGCUGUAGAUGCCACUAAACUGAUCCACUUGCAGGCACCAGAGACGGUGGUGACAUAUAAUGGGCGUGUUCCAACCCCAGGACGUUAUGCCUUCAUUAUUCACUACUAUCAACCUUCCCAAUCAUCAUUUACUAUUGGGGUGCAAGUGCAUGGAGGCCGUGUCUGGCAAGGCUCAGCCAAUGCUACUUUUUGUCCCCAUGGAUUUGGAUGCCGCAGCUUGGUACUAGCGGAGAAUCAAGCAAUUCUAGAUGUGUCUGAUAGUGAUCUAUCCAUCACCAUAAAUGUCCCAGAUGGCAAGAUAGUCUGGCUGGAGUAUGUUUUGGUGAUUCCUGAGGACAGUUACAGCUCAACCUACCUGGUAGAGGAACCGUUGGAUAAGUCUUACAAUUUCAUUAGCCAGUGUGGGACCAACAGCUUCCAGAGCAACCCGGCCUCCUCUAAAUUCUGUAGAGAUGCUGCAAUUUCUCUGUCUCUUUUCUAUAACAAUGGUGCCCAGUCCUGUAAUUGCCAUGAGGCUGGUGCACUGGGCACAACAUGUGAGCCACACGGAGGGCAAUGUUCCUGCAGACCGAAUGUGAUUGGAAGAGAUUGCGCCCGUUGUGCCACAGGAUUCUGGGGGUUUCCUGACUGUAGACCCUGUGACUGUGGAGCACGCCUGUGUGAUGAGGUGACUGGGCAAUGUAUCUGUCCUCCUCGCACAGUGAAACCAGAGUGCACAGUGUGCCAGCCACAGACGUUUGGGUGCCAUGCACUGAUUGGCUGUGAGGAAUGUGAUUGCUCUGAAAUUGGACUGCAAAACAUAACUCACCUGGACUGCGAUGUACAGACAGGGCAGUGCACGUGUAAACCAAAUAUCAUGGGACGACGUUGUGAAAAAUGUGCUCCUGGUUUCUAUGGAUAUCCCAACUGCAGACCAUGUGCCUGUAAUCGGGCAGGUACGGAGUCAAAAAUAUGUGAUCCUGUCACCGGGCAGUGUCUCUGCAAGGAAAAUGUCGAGGGUACAAACUGUGACCACUGCCGUCUGGGCACUUUCUUCCUUGAUGCUGACAAUUCCAAGGGCUGUACCCGUUGUUUCUGCUUUGGAGCAACUGAUCGCUGUCACACUGGAUCCAAGUAUCGCACACAGUUUAGUGACAUGAGAGGUUGGGUGCUAGUUGGAGGAGAUCGUCAGGAAGUGGAGAUCACCGAACGUCUUAAUGAUGGUCUCCUUGAGGCUGAUCUGCGGGAUGUUCCUGAUGUUUAUCAGGAAUUUUACUGGCAUGCACCACGUACCUAUUUGGGAGACCGGGUUUCUUCUUAUGGCGGAUUCCUGAGAUAUGAGCUUAAUUCGGAAGCUAUCAGAGGAGACCAUAUCUACAUUCCAGUGGAGCGACGGCCAGAUGUCAUACUGAAGGGGAAUCAAAUGAGCAUUGCGUUCCUGGAAACAAAGUACCCAUUACCGGGAGACAUUCACCAGGGCUGGAUCCAACUUCUUGAGGGUAAUUUUAUUCACAUUGGUACAAAUAACCCUGUAUCUCGUGAGGAUAUUAUGAUGGUUUUGGCAAACCUGGAGCAGCUGCAGAUUCGAGCUCUGAAUUCUCAGUCAUCCUCUAUGGUGUCUAUACGCCAAGUUGUUCUGCAGAUUGGACAAGAACCGGGAAGUGGAGAGAGAGCCAGCAACGUGGAGCUCUGCAUGUGUCCAGCCAAUUACAGAGGGGACUCCUGUCAGGAAUGUGCUCUUGGCUUCUACCGAGACAAGGGUCUAUUUUUGGGAAAGUGUGUGCCCUGUAACUGCAGUGGCCAUUCUGACCAGUGUUUGCCAGGCACAGGCGCCUGUGUGAAAUGCCAACACAACACCGAGGGGGACCAGUGUGAGCGGUGUAAAGAUGGCUUUGUGUCCAAUGGGACGGUGGGGGGAUCGUUGCGGUGUGUUGCGUGCCCCUGUCCCCUCUCUGUACCCUCAAACAAUUUUGCCAUCGGAUGUGUACUCAGGGUCUUCUCCACUCAGUGUCUGUGUAAACCGGGCUAUGCCGGGGCUAAGUGUGAGCGCUGUGCCCCUGGUUACUAUGGGAACCCAAUGGUUAUUGGAAGCUCCUGUUUGCCAUGUAACUGCAACGGAAAUACGGACUCUAACAUGCUAUUCAGUGAGUGUGACCCGCUGUUCGGCACAUGUUCCGGCUGCAUGUUCAACACUGCUGGGCCGCACUGCGAGGUGUGUGCUCCUGGUUUCUAUGGCGAUGCAGUGGGCGCCAAGAACUGCUCAAGGUGUGCCUGCUCUCCCUGUGGAACAGACACAUGUGACCCAAGAACUGGAGUAUGUCAUUGCAAGCCUGGAGUGACUGGCCCAAGCUGUGACCACUGCAAGGAGGGCCAUUAUGGAUUUGGCGGCUGCUCUGGAUGCCAGAGAUGUAGCUGUGGGGAAGGUUCAACCAGUUCCAGUUGUGACCCUCUUACGGGUCAGUGUCUCUGCUCUCCUGGAGUUACAGGUGCUCAGUGCCAGCAGUGUGCCCCUGGAUACUGGAGCUAUGGGCCCAAUGGAUGCACAAAGUGUCGCUGUAAAGGGGGCUCCUGUGAUCCGCGGUCAGGGGAGUGUCAGUGCAGUGAUGGGCUGACGGGGAAGCAGUGCGACACGUGCAGCCGACCUUUUGAGAUACCUGUGAGUCAUGGUCCAGAGGUGAUGAAGUGCCAGCCCUGUGACAGCUGUGUGGUGACUUUACUGAAGGAUCUGCAGCGUAUGGGAGACUUCCUCCCCAGUGUUAGGGACCAGCUCACCAAUCUAAGUAUCAGUUCCAUCGCCUGGACUCGUCUCAGCAGCCUUAAUGCCUCCAUCGCAAACUUGACCGAUCUUUGGCUCCAGUAUCAAAGCUCCGUAAAUGGCAUAAAAGAUAAAGCUGAUGAUCUGGAAGAUGAGAGUUUCAGUCUUGCACAGGACUUUGAUGCCCUGCAUGAUAAGGUGAAUGCAACCAAGAGAACAGCAAUCACUGUACAAAAGGCGAGCAAGGACACCAAUCAGAGGGCCAUAGACCUGACCAGACGAGUGCAGUCUUUGUAUAAUGUUUCUCUGGGGCUGAUCAAUCAGCUGAGCAAGAUUGGUUCUUCAAACACCAGCAAUGUGACAUCGACAGAGGAGUUCCUACAGAUAGUGACUGAAGUGGAGCGGAUGCUGAAAGAGAUGAGAGAUAAGGAUUUCAAACACCCCAUGGGCCUGGCAGAUAAGGAGCACGAAGAUGCUAAAAAAUUGCUGAAUCGUGUGAAAACAGAGUUGAUGACGAGUCUUAAGGCCAACCAGGACUUACUAAGUGAUGUCAGGAAGCGGCUGGACACUUAUAGUUCUGAGGUGAUGGAUCUCCGGGACGCUAUGAAUGAAGCUGUGAAUAAGACCAUAGAGACAGAGGGUCUCAACAGUCUUAACUACAAUAACCUGGAGGAGAAUAAGCUGAAGACCAAUGAUCUGCAGGUACAACAUGGAGAAUUGUUGGGAGCAUUAAAGAUGGCAGAAGAUGCUCUGGUUCAGGUCUCGGACAUCCUGCAAAUGAUAGAAAACAUGAAAGAGGAAUAUGAGAAGUUGGCGGCUGGGUUGGAUGGUGCCCGAGUUCCGAUCAUGGACAAAGUGAAGAAGUUCUCCCCUGCAAGUAGCAAGUUAUCUGUUGUAGAACAGGCUGAGGAGCACGCAAAGCUCCUUGGUCAGGUGGCAAAGAACCUGUUCAGUGCAAUUGGAGACUCUAAUCAAGACGAAUUUAUCCAAAAGGCCAUUAAUGCCUCCAAUGCAUACUCCAGUAUUAUUGAUGCCAUCAAACAAGCUGAGAAGGCAGCAAAAGAUGCCAACCGAGCGGCGGGAGAGGCCCUUAAGAAUGUGAUUUCACAAGAGCUGGGGAAGAAGGGGAAGGAAUUAAAGGACAACAGUUCAAAGUUGGAAGAAAGAGCCAAAGCUGCCCAGAAUGAACUAGAUGGAGAUGUCCAGAAAAAGCUGCAGGAUGCAAAAAAUAAGCUUCAGGACAGCAACACAAAGAAAAAUAAACUUCAAUCAGAGCUGAAAUCUGCCAUGGAUAAAAUCGCCAUGACACGAGAUAAUGUUACAGAUGACAUAACCAGCGCCAAAUUCAAAGCUGCUGAAGCUAACGACACGGCCUCCAGAGUGCAAGCUACCUUGACUGAUAUCAAGAAGAACUUGGAUCUGUGGAAGAAUAAGUAUGGGAACAUGCAGAAUGAAGAUGUGAACAAGGCAGUUGAAGAGACAAAAUCAUCUGUAUCGAACCUGGAAAAGGCCAUCCCACUGCUUCUGGAUAAACUCAACAAGCUAGAGGGUCGACAGGGUAACAAUGGCUCCGUAUCUGACAGUAUCCACCGCAUACGGCAGAUGAUUUCACAGGCCAGAGAUGCUGCAAGCAAGGUUAGGAUCCCUGUGAAAUUUAACGGCAAUUCUGGAGUUCAGUUACGGACCCCAAGUGACCUGCAGGAUCUGGCAGCCUACACCUCUCUCAAGAUACAUAUCCAGAACCCCAACCCACAGAACAAGAAGAAGCGGCAGGCUGAGACGGAGGAGAUGCGUUUUGUGAUGUUCCUCGGACACAAUGAUGGUCAGGGGGAUUACUUAGGCCUGAUCCUUAGAGGCAGCAGACUGCAGUGUGUGUAUCGACUGGGAAACCAGGAACCGACCUACCUUUCUGCUAACGAGGAUAUCAAAGAUCAGUUUGUCACCGUUGUCAUUGAAAGGAUUCUACAGUAUGGGCAGAUGUCCAUCUUUGUAACAAAGGACAGCUUGCACGAGAUUAAAGGAGACAGCAUAGCCUUGGGCGAGCAGGGACUACUUAACCUAGACCCCCAGAAAGUUGUAUUUUAUGUAGGGGGCUACCCUUCAGGAUUCAAGCCUCCCGCUUCACUAAAUUAUCCCAACUACAAAGGUUGCAUUGAAAUGGAUACUCUGAAUGAAAAACCCAUCAGUCUGUAUGACUUUGAGAGAACGUUCCAACUGGACACCACAAAGGAUAAGCCUUGUGCAAGGUCAAAAUCAACCGGAGACCCAUGGCUUACUGAUGGGUCUUACUUUGAAGGAACAGGAUAUGCAGAGAUAAAGCUAGAGACUCUUCCAGGACCUUCCAAGAGGUUUGAGCUGGAUGUGCGCUUAGUUUCAUACAAUGGUAUCCUCUUCUUCCUCGAUGCAGUGGAUCAGUUUGUGUGCCUCGCGGCUCAGGAAGGCAAGCUCACCCUGUACUAUAAUGCUGGAAGUGGAACAGAGAAAGCAAAACCAAUAGAAUCAACCCAGCUGUUCGUCAGCAGUGCCAGCUCUAAAGCGAUCCAGGUAAUUGUGGCUCUGAUCAGUGGGAAGAGACGGAUAUUUGUUCGUCUUGAGAGAACGACUAUAUUUAGUGUGGAGUAUGAUGGAGGUAGUUUGGAAACUUCCCAAUACUUAUACCUUGGAGGACUUCCAUCUGAGAAACUUCCAGAGAGCCUAAAGGAGAUUUUCAGUGGAGGAGGAUCUGUCAGAGGCUGCAUGAAGGGUAUCAAAGCUUUGGGGAAAUACGUGGACUUAAAGCGUACGAAUACAACUGGUGUGAGUUUCGGCUGCACCUCAGAUCUGCUGGUUGCCAGAUCAAUUCAGCUCUAUGGAAACGGAUUCCUAAGUAUGAAUCUGAAAAAUGUGGCCGGUUUUCAGAGUGACUACUUUGCUGGCUUUGGCUUCCGGACUAAUCAGGAUAAUGGACUCUUGUAUUAUCAGUCCAGUGAGGCGGGAUCAUGUCAGGUGUCCCUAAAAAGUGGUCACUUGUCAGUGAGGCUUCUCACCACAGAACUCACAUCUAGAACACCUUACGCUGAUGGGGUUGGGCACUACCUAUCUAUGUACAGCAGCAAGGAUAGGCUGCGGCUCUACGUCGAUGAUGAACUGCAAGGUAGCCGGCAACUGUCAGAGGGUGGCCGACGGAGGCGACAGGAUGAUUCCAACAGCAGUUUAAUCCUUGGAGGGUUACCAGAUAGUGGACCACCAGGAAACCUGAGUGGCUGUAUCAGUAAUGUAUUUGUGAAGAGAAUAUCUGGGCCCCAGAUGGUUUUAGAUCUGUUACAGAAUCAGCGCAGCCUGAAUGCGACCAUGAGCUGUCAGGAUGUAACAGAGGAUCGACCACAGGAGAUCAGAGCCUUACUUCGGAAGGAUAAACUCAAAAUAAGGGGUCGUCAGAGGAAGUUGGCUUUGAUGGACCAUCGGAACUUGCAAAACACAUCCUGUCUUGUCCCCAAACAUGUGAAGGGAGCACUAAGAUUUGGUGGAUCUUAUUCCAGUCAUCUGGAGUUCACCAACAUUCCUGGUUCUCUCCAAGAAAGAUUCCACUUUUCAAUGGAGGUUCGUCUGAACACCAGCAGUGGUCUUCUCUUUUAUGUCGCUGAUGAGCGAGGGACGUCUACUUUGUCUCUUUAUGUUUCUAAUGGCCGAUUUAUUCUCCUGAUGAACAUCAAUGGAAAAACACAUCGUCUGAGAAGUAAAGGAAAGUACGCGGAUGGGCACUGGCACACGGUUUUCUUUGGGAAAGAGAAGAACAAGCUCCGCCUGGUUAUAGAUGGUCUCAAGGCUCAAACCGGGCUAUUGCACUCAGGGGUCAUCGUCUCCUUAAAAAGCCCAAUUUACAUUGGAGGAAUCCCUGCACUUAAAAUCCGUCCGGAGAAUCUGGAUGCCACACUCAGCGGUUUCCAUGGGUGCCUGAGGAAUCUGAAGAUGGAUGGAAAAGCCCUUGGCUCUCCAGAAAAAGUUGUGGGGGUCACACCAUGCUUUGAGAGCUUUACUGAACAUGGGCUCUUCUUCUCAGAUGGCGGUUUCCUGACAUUUGAGAAUGUAUUUGAUGUGGGACAAGACUUAGAACUGAAGUUAGAUGUCCGGCCGAUGCAUCCCUCUGGACUGAUAUUCUGUGUACACACAGAGAAGGGAUAUUCUGUCACUUUGUCCAUGGCUGAUAAAAAGGUUAUGCUAGUCUUUACUGAUGAAAGGGGACAACACUCUACAGCUGUGAACUUGCAGCAGCCCCUGUGUGAUGGACAGUGGCACACCAUUUCUGUUACAAAAGGUAGUAAUGUUAUCCAGCUAGAUGUGGACACGGAAGGAAAUCAUCUAGUGGGAGUCGGUCCAUCCUCUCGCCCCAGGAAUCGAGGCUCUCUGUAUAUAGGCGGAGUACCAACAAAUACUCUCAUAACAGAGUAUUCAUCGUCACCAUAUCAAGGCUGCAUGAGGAACCUCACCAUCAACAGAAAGGUCAUUGACGUUCUGAAGUCCGGAACAUUCUCAGGAUCAGCUGGGAGCAACAUCUGCCCAGCCCUUUGAUUUCAAAGCAGGUGGCAGAGGGACACUAAGGACAUUGCUGCUGAUAUAGGGCAGACAUCCCUACCUACACUGUGCCAGUACUGUGGGAGGUGUUGGGUCAUGUACCUGGGUGACCCUCAUCUCAUCUAGAAAUAUGGGUGCUUUUUUCAUGGUUAUUUUAUUUAACCAUUCUAUUUCGUCAGACUGCUCAUAACCCCUCCACUACACAUUUACAAAUACUUUACCCACCUCAUCCCAAUAUGACCCAUUACAUUUGCCUAAAAAGCUGUAAAUAAAGACCAACAUGACAGAAAGUAGAAGAGACAGUCACUUUUCUCUGCCAGAAGUCCUUGUAGAGAAAAUAUUUUUUGGGGGGUGAACUGGGGCAUUAUACAGCACUAUUUGGGUUUUGUAGAUACAAGGAACAUACUUUCUCCUUAUCUAUUUUAGGAGUAAUAAAUGUCUCAGUGGGAUAUUGUUUUACAGUGGGCACAACUCAGCCUUGUACAGUACUAGUGUUUUCUCACUACAAGUACAUGUCAGACUUACAUUAUCAGGCCCCACCCACUUCCAUUGCAUAUGCAGUACAUACAUAGAACUGACAUCCACAACAAGGUCGGAAAACACAUGGGGGUUUAGUUACUAAGCAUCUGCUUCUAAAACUCAUUUAUAAGCAAAAUUGCAAAGGGCAGUGCUUUUACUAGCAAUACACUACCGCGUGGAAGAGCUGACUCUUAAGGUGCAUACACAUGGUGAGAAUCGGGCCGAUUCUCAUUGCGUGACAGGGGCUAGGUCGGCAUCGCAAGCACAUAAUGACUGUGCUUGCGAUACUGACUAUGUACAAUUUUGGCUAAGUGUCAAUUUUGACUAUCUUUCUACGAGAUAGACUGUGCAGACAAGUCCGUUUUGACUAUCUAGGCUUGCAAUGCCGACUGCGCAUCGAAUUGGGAUCUCAGGAAGUCACCUUGCGAUCUGCACUAACUUUUUUUACGAUUUUGACUAUAUAGUCAAAAUCAUAAGAAAAUAUCUCACCGUGUAUACACACCAUUAGAACCUGAUGCUUGGUAAAUAAACCCCAUGGACUCAUCACUUCUGUUGGCGAAAGGAUUUGGAUUAUGCUACUUAAGAGUCUUAAUUUUGCAAUAAUAUCAUUAGUCUGAAAAAGGACUACAAAAAAAAAAAUGCAAACAAGUAUAUAAUCAAAGUGGCAAUAUUCACCGAAAAGCUUGAACGUCACUCCUGAGUAAGAAAGAUUUGGGUUCUCCUUUCCCCUUGGACAGAAGCAAUGAGAUAAGUAUUUCAUCUAGGGGUGAGAUGUUGCCUCAUAGCUUCUGUGUCCUGCAGCUGAUGUGGUGCAAUGCAUUUUGUAGAGUUAAUGGAUUUAAUUCUGUAAUGUUAAAUGCAAUGAUGAACUGGACAUUAAGCAUUCCAUUCUGAUACAUAGGGGCUCAUUAAAUUGUUUUGUGGGUGCGCAAACAUAUUGGGUGCCUACUGGCGCUAUUCAAUUGUUGCCCCCAUUAGUACUGGUUUUUAGCUGCGUAAAGCCUGUCUGAAGUACAGGUUAUGGUGCUCAAACACCAUUUUGCGCAGCUAAAGCCAUCUAAAGUAUAGGUUAGGGUGCCCAGGUGCAAACCACAGAGUUUACAUAGAUUUCAACUCGCACCUCAGGAGGCUGUGAGCUGAAAUGGUCUCCCUGGCUGCAUGUGCACCCAAACAAACAAAGCAACAAUUUAAUUGCUCUGUUGGGCACCAUCUAGUUGUGGCCGGGGAGACCAAAAAUUGAAUCAGAUUGAAUUUUAAUGUAGGCCACCUACUACAGUGACCCUAAACAGAAGAUGGAUAAAUGAUUUCAGUCUAGAAACUGGUGAAGAUAUUUAUUAUGUUGUCACCUCUUGUGCAGCAUAUUUUUUUUAAAAGAUAAAUAUAUAUUUAAGUCUAUUUCACCUCUGCACUUACACAUUAAAUGUCUGUAUAUAUGCAUGUGUAUAAAUAUUUAAUACACAACAACUGAUAAAUGUGUUUUAGAGGCAAGUCUUUCUAGUAGAGGCAGCGGUUGUGUGUGAUGGACUGAUAUUGACAAGACCACCACCUAUAAACAGACAAGGUACUGGCAACAUGACUCUGUGGCCCAUUGAGGUCAUUAGGUCACAUUCUCAGUGAUUAGCAUGUAGAUUUCAGCCCACAUGGCUGCUGCCACAGGGAGAAGGCAAUGGGUUCCCUUUACGUCCACUCUAACAGGUAACAUUAGGAUCCUAAUGUCUAUAGAAGCAAACUUAUCGCCUGUACUGAUUCUAGCUUCCUAUUGGAAAUUUGUAAAUUACAAUGGUAUAAAAUUGCACCGCUCUAAAAUAAAGUCACAUUUUUUGUUUUUGGUCA